UUCUCUCGGUCUCUCUUUCGGUCUCUCUCUGUCUCUCUCUGUCUCUCCUUCUCUCCCCACAUCGUCCUCUUUCAGUUUCCUCUUGGAUUCUCAGUAGCAGCCAGUGUGAGGGUGGGCAACGCUCUGGGUGCAGGGAACACAGAACAGGCCAAGCUGUCUGGGAAGGUUGCCUCCAUCUGUGCAUUCAUCGUCUCGUGUUUUGUCAGUACGUUUGUCCUCGUGACUAAAGACGUGAUGGGGUACAUCUUUACCACAGAACAGGACAUUGUGAAGAGGGUGGCUGACAUCAUGAUCCUGUAUGGCUUCUUCCAUCUGGCAGACACCUUCGUGGGCGUGAUGGGCGGUGUCGUGCGUGGAGCAGGAAAGCAGAAGAUUGGAGCGUUGUGUAAUCUGGUGGGCUACUACUUCAUUGGCUUCCCCAUCGGAGUCUCCCUCAUGUUCCCUAACAAGAUGGGCAUCAUCGGUUUGUGGAUAGGCCUGUUCACCUGUGUGUUAAUCCAGUCCUUGUUCUUGGUUGUUCUGCUGUGUAAACUGGACUGGAAAAAAGCCAGUCAAGAGGCUCUGGUGAGGGCAGGAGUCCAGCUCCCUGAAAGGAAAGAAGAGCAGUUUGGACUGGAGAAGAGAGGCUGGUCGGAGGCGGUCCCACCCAGCGACGAGAGCCCUGGGGAGGGAAAGACGGACGUGGAGGGGCUGGGUGGGGACAGGGGGGAAGGCGGGGAGGAGUUGGAGGCUGAGGCGGGGCCGGUGGUCAGUACGGUGAGGUUGACUGUCAGACAGCUGGUGCUUCGACGUGGGCUAGUUGUCAUCCUCAUGUUCCUCAUCCUCACCGCUGGAAUCAUCCUCAGUGAACUGCUCACCAGCCUGCUGCUCGGAUAAACUGAGCCAAAGA